UAGCUCAAGCAGUGGUCACAUCCCGUUUCCCAUGUCCAAGGCUCGCGCUAGGUCAGAGGCAGCGUAAGUCCUUCAUAACAUCAUUCAUCUCCGUAUUAACACCCUUCAUCACAUUAUCAAAGCGUAACUUGUAUCUCAUCAUCUGACCGACUGCUGUCUUGGUGAUGUACAGCAUUUUGGGCAUAGACUGGGGCAGCACCGCGAUACGUGCAACCAUUUGCGUCCGCAAGACUAAGGAGCUGCAUCCGAUAUGGAACCACGGCGCGGUUCCCGGACAUGACAUCCGCUAUCAGACCGGCGCCUUCAACUCGACUCUCUACGUCGAUGACCGCGGCGGCAUAGUGUACACUGGCGAGGUGUACAACCAAAGCUGCUCACCCAUCCCCUCAAAAUGGUUCCUCUGCGAGGAUCGCGAGACCGGAAACCCGCUCCUCGAUGGCCUCUUGGCAAAGUUCAGGGGUAUGGAGAAGAGGAUUCGUAGGGCCCUGGAAGCCAUCGUCAGGACCGUCUUUCAGGAGGUAACAAAGUUCUGCACCGAUCGCUCGCUCUACAUUGACGAGGUCGGCCUGUCGUAUCCCGCGCACUGGACGCCACAGGAGCUGUCCAACUACGAGAACCUAAUCGCCGCCGUCAUGAUGGAGUCUAGUACGUUUGAAAGCGCACACGGUCACAUCAAGCUUCACGUAGAGAGUCUGGCAUCGGCUCACUUUCUCUUCUCGAGCCCGCGCCACAUGAAGCAAAUACUCACUAAAGUGGAUGAACCUUGUCACUUAGUUUUUCUUGAUUUUGGGGGACACACGAUGAAUGGAUGCAUGUUCAGCGCAGUACGACGGAAUGGCGAUGAGUUGAAUUAUUUCCAAGUCGGAGAACCCUUCACCGCUCAUGGCGGUACACAGCUAUGGGAGAAAAGAGUUGAUGAUUUUGCAACAAAUUACGUCGAAAAGUCACUCAAAUCGACUUUACUACCAAGUCAACGGGCAGACAUCUUAGAGAUGUUCCACCUCAAGAUCAAGAGGCUCCAGACAGGCUUAUUCGCGAGCAUGGUCUUGCACGCGGAAGAUCAGACCAACCACAGUAGUAUCUCAGUACACCUACGCGCGACUGAUGCCAGACAAUGCUUUAUUGACGGGCUAGAGGCACCUCUCAGACUCGCCAGAAAGAAGAUUGACGCUGCUGUCGCUCUGGGUUCCAACGUUAAGAUCGUUCUGUCCGGCGGCAGUGGCAAGAAUAGUCUGGUGCAGGCUAACCUUCAGCAAGCCUGUACUCAACUCAAAAUUGACGAGCCCUUCCUCUUUUACGAGGCGGUGGGCGAGAAAGACUCUUUCAACAUCAGCAAAGGUGCUGCACUUGCGGCAGUCGAUAAUUUAACGGUGCAAGAAUUCAUUGACAGGGGCGCCGCUUUCGGUUUCCAAAUAGGUCGCCCGGAGAAGGGCGUCAAUAGCAGCUUCAUAAGCUGGGAGAGCGCGGCUACUCUUGCUCUCGAUUCUGUAAGAUUCCCUCGAACUCUAGCUCCCUAGCUCGUCGUGUCGUCAACCAGAAACUGCGUUGGUGGAUGCCAGUCAUCCUAUUACUGACAAAUGCUGAACUUGGUAGGACGGUUUCCACUACUUUAGAAAGCGCUACGGCGGGAGCACGAGGCUCAAGAUCGUCUGCGAUCCUCUGCUGCAAGCCUCAGCGAAAUGG